AUGAGACAGUACCUUAUGCAGGGUGUUAACUUUCCAGGCUACUCGUGGGGCACGCCCAGUCGCGACUGGAGGACUCCGGAGCCGCACGGACUGCCCCCACCUAGCUUCGAACCCACGGACACCAGCAUCACGGCGCUCGCUGGCCAGACCGUGUACCUGCCGUGCAGAGUGGCGCACCUCGGUGACAAAGUGGUGUCGUGGAUCCGGUCGCGGGACCUGCACAUCCUGACGUCCGGCGUGCUGACGUACACGUCGGACUCUCGGUUCGAGGUGCUGCACGGCUCCGACCCGGACUCGUGGACGCUGCGGCUGGUGGGCGUCCGGCACGAGGACGGCGGCCGCUACGAGUGCCAGGUCAACACCGACCCCAAGCUCAGCCUGCCCGUGCACCUGCACGUCAGAGAACCAAAUCAAAAUCAAGGUGAUUCUCCGUAUUCAUCUGACACUGGAUGGACAUGGAAGCCGGGUACGCACACAGGCGCGGCGGAGUCCCGCAUCCUGGGCCCCACGGAGCAGGUGGUACGCGAGGGCAGCACCGUAACCUUCACGUGCGAGGCGGCCGCCCUCUCCACGUCUUCUCCGGGCGCCGCGCCGCUCCACUGGCUGCACGACGGCCGUCUCAUCAGUCUCCAGGCGCAGCGCGGCGGCUUCAGCCUGGAGACGGAGCGCGGCCCGACGCUGGUGACGAGCCGGCUGACGGUGGCCGGCGUCACCGAGGCGGACAGCGGCCGCUACACUUGUCGCCCGCCCGGAGCGCGGCCCGCCACUGUCUCCCUCACCGUCAUGCUGGGUGAGCACACAGAAGCGAUGCAGGGCGCCGGGUCCACGUCAACGGCUGUUCGGCUGUGGGGGCAGCCGACGCCUGCCCUUCUGGGCGUCGCCGUUUCCUGCUGGUUGCGCUCCUGGGUGUCAGCCACAGCCUCCUGAGACGUCGAGGUCUUCACCGACGGCCCGCUGAGUCGACCUGUGACUUGGAGUGGAUGCUCGGCGCUUAGACUUACUUACUGUGAAAGACACUGCUGGUGGAAUACUUUUGCCAGCUAGCCAACACUGACUUCACUGUCUAUGACAGAUCUCUGUCAUGUCCUUUACUUGGCUUCUUGCGUGUGACAUGACUGAAACACGAGCAUCUCAUUUCGUUGCUAUAUUUCUUAAAUGUCCUACAGCAGGUUGAUAACAAUCAUUUGUAACAGGGCAAAAAAGUUGACUUGCAAUUCUAAAGUGACCAGUGAUUCACCUGAAAUUGUUACUACCGAUAGUGCAGACAAGAUUUGCAUAUUGACAAAAAUGCAUUACGAAAUAAAAACUAGUUUGAGAACAUUUAUUUGAUCCUUUUUGGAAAUACUCUGAAUUGUGUUGAUUGUUUCGACACAUAUAUCUGUGUAAACAUAUGAAACUAUUGCUUAAUGUUGAUUGUUGAGUAGAUGUCUGUGAGUACGAUAACGAGAAAAAAGUGAAGGAAGAAAUUCGAUCAUGUCAAAUUAACUUGUCAAGAUAACCUUGUGCGUCUAAACAACACAGCUAAGGUGACUGAGGUAUGUCGCGGAAUCGAAACGUCUUGAUGAUACACUUGCCUCCCUCUUUUUAUUCAUUAUUGAAAGACAUGUGUAUCACAGCCUUGCUGGGACCUUUGUAUAAGUAAAUCACUAGAAAAUUGUGUCAGUGGCGGAAUAUUUUGGCUGUUAGGCAACACUAACCUCCCUGUCUAUUGGCAGACGUAUUUCGCGUUAUUUACGUGCAUUCGUAUUUGAUAAUACCGACAAAUUUAGUCUCGCAGUUCAUUACAGUCUUUAUUAAUAAUGGCACAGUAUGUUGAAACAGUGGUCUGUAAGUGUUAGUGCAAAAGUGAAUUGUAAUUUUAGAAUUUGGAGAAAAAUGAUAUACUGCCCUGACAUUAAGAGACCGAUUACGUUAUUUUAUCUUUUAUAGCAUUUUAUGACACAAUCACAUCAUGUAACUGCAGAAUCAGAUGUAAAUACAAAAUAUGCAGAAUGAGAUAUUCCUUUUACGAAUGAAGAUCAAUGCCAGUAGACAAAGGUAUGAUUUCACACCACAUACAAAACCUCGAGCUCUACCUACCAUUGCCUUCAGGGUUGCUGACAACGCAACGGAAACCGUUUGUAACAUGUGCCUUCAGUUGUGAUUUAAUCCUUUCUUAUCAUUACGUAAAUAGUGACAUGACCAUUAGAGUAGACGCACCGAACAGCUGCUUAUAAUAAGUAAUCUUUAUUUACGACAGACAGUUUCGGCUUUUUGCCAUUUUCAAAUGUGACGUCCAUAUUAUGUCGUUAGUGGACUGUCAUAACUGUCACUGUUUGAGUAAGAUUGUAAACGAUGUCAAUAUGUUGAAAAUAAAAUGUUAAUUACGAUGUGACAGUAGUUUGACAGUUCCACUCUUACGACACUAUAUGUUUUCAACAUAUUGACAUCAUUUACCAUCUUGUCCACACAGUGACAGUUAUAAGACAGUCCACUAACAACAUAAGUGGACGUCACAUCAAUCUAGACGCCCUUGAAAAUGCCGAUAAAACGGAAACAGCCUGUCGUAGAUAAAAAUUACUUAGUACGAGCACCUAUUUGAUGCAAACGUUGCAUUACUUAUUGAACGUGGGUCAUUAUCACUCAUAUAUUACGUUGCUGGCCCAAAAGAUGAAAAAUUAAGUAGAUAGUUACUUCGCAGAUUUUACAGAUGUGUAAUCGUUUUUUUUGUUAUCUCUUUUUAUCUAUUGACAGUCUGUUUAUGACCACCGGUUGGUCGAAACCUAUUGAAACGAAGUAAUUAUGCAAUUUGCUCAUGAAAAUAUAAAAAUAAAAGAACAUAAUUAUAUAAUGACCAGCCAAGGACUUGCUACAAAAAUAGUUCCUAGCAUUUAUUUUAAAUACAGUGUGCGUAGUGGCAGUGCAGAAGGCGUGACGAAACGGACACUUGUGUUAGAAAGUGUAUCUGAUCGUCAUGAAAAUUCCUCUACAAUGUGGUGAUUGUUUCGAAACUAGUAUCUGUACGCUAAACCUAUCUUGUACAAAUCACAGAACAAGGACCACUCCUUUUUGGAACAAAACGAGCUGUCUGUGCUGAGGCGGUAACAGAUAGUACUUAUGGCAGCAAUCAGAAUCUGCAAUAAAUUUACAGACUCAUAUAAUUCGUACCACCUGUUGUAUCUUCAACGAUGCUUUGUGUUAGUGUUGAUCUGGUGAUUUGGAAAGAGCCCAUCAAAUAAGUACGAAGACUGUGCAGAAUUUUUUGCUAUUUGGAGUGUUUAAAAUUGUACUUAGAAUGUUGUCUUUCUAAAUGAGUUUCGCUUCCAAAAUAUUUGCGUCGUAGUAUAUUCUUACUUCAGUUUCCUGAUAUCUAUGGCAUGUUCUCAAAAUCAUUACCACAAUAUGAGUAGCAUUAUUAUACGAGUACAUAAACGCACUGCGUUCAGCUAUGAGAGGAAUUACGAUUAGCAGAUGCUCUAGUUCGCAAUCCUAGGCGGAACAAGCAAUUGCUUGCCAAAGUCAUAUUCUAAAAAUACUCAGUUCUGCUUACAGAUAAGCAAUUUAAAUAACAUACAAGGUUCGUUCAAUAAGUAAUGCUACACAUUUCUUUACUCCUGAAAGCAGGUUGGUUUUAUUCAUGAUUCCAGUACACCAUACUAUUCUCCACUCUUUUGACUACAAAAGCCUAUUUUUCAACAUAAUCUGUGUUAAGAGCAUCGGUCUUAAGCUAAAUCAUUGGGAGGACCUAUAUGCCCGCGUGGUACCACUCUACAAGUCGGCUUCGGAGUUAACGUUGUGCAUCAUCAGUAACUGCAUCGAAAAUGGACACUAUCAUCCUCGUAACGCACAAGAAUUUCCACCCAGAUGAUCCUUCGUUGCUCUUUAUGCGGCGGGAAGCCAUCGGACACACAUGUAUGAGUACCGAAAAUGGAGGAUAAGAGUGUCAGCACUUCCAACAGACACGGCCCGUUCAGCAACGAUGAUUGUGAUUUGUCGACCACCUUGAAUGAGAGUGUCCGAACGUUCCAACGUUGCAGGACUCACAGCUGUGUGCGGUCAGAGGUCAGACGGCAGAUUGUAGAGCUUUGCGCCACCUUGCUUCCAGGUGUCCCUAAAUAUUCUGCAAGCGCCUAUGAAUAUCUGCGAUGCUCUAGUUUUCCGACUAAGGAAACUCAUAGGCAGCUCUCUGCUUGGAACUCACAUACGUUAGAGACGCCAUUUUGAUGGCUAAGUAUAGUGCCGUCACCCGUCAGAUCUUCAUGAAACUACAGGGCUGAAGCAGGAAUAUUCCCUGAUGCCACAGCAAAUUACGCAUUUUUUUCAACCCAAAUUGGCUGAGAAAUAAAACGUUGCAUUACUUAUUGAACGGGGCUCGUAGUUUUUUGAGCUGUAGUGUGGUACACUUGCGUUUAAAUACAACACUAGUGAGAACUGAAGUAGACUCCUUACGAAAUGAAGAGUAUUUCUCUAUCUAAAAUCAGAAACUGUUUUGAGAAUUUUGUUUAGUAGAACGAGAAGAACUGUUGAGUCAUUGUGUAACGUUUACUGUUUUUACAGACUUCCUCGCGAUGUAACUUCGCAUAUGUAACUAAGGCAUAACUGCAGAUUGUUGUGAAGCAGUUUGUCAGCACAAUAAAAGAAAAUGCUAAGUUGAGAAGGGAGAUGAUAUUAAAAAGAAUUAAAGAAGACUUUCUAUGAUAUAAAAUAAACAUUUCAACUUAAUCUGUUGGCAUCCAAAUAUUCCGCCUUAGGCGCAACUGUGACAGGGAUAUUUUAUAUUAUAUACGCAUCUUCGAAGUGAACUUUUCUCUCUCUCUUGUGUUUUUCUGUAAAAGACAUUGUCUACCUUCUCUAAGUUACAGUUUUGUUGAGAUGUGUGUGUACCUUUAUACGAGUAAAUUUCUAGAAAGUUGUAUUUUGUAUGGCUGUAUUUUCAUAUCUGUAACAGAAAU